AAAGCAUUUGCUCUUGUGUCCUCCACCACCAUCUUUCUCAUUCUCUCCACAAGUAUUCCGAGGGAGGAGAGGAUUAUCUCUCCGUAUUUGUACAAAGAUGUUGUCUUUACGUGUUGCAGCAGCUCUCACUCGUGCUCUGCCGAGGCGAGCAGGAUUUAUUUCCAAAAAUGCUGCUGCUGCCUGUGUAGGUGCCAAGAACCUGCACACUCACAGACCAUGGCUGCAGAAGACAGGCACCGCCGAGGUCUCCUCCAUCCUUGAGGAGAAGAUCAUGGGAGCAGACACCUCUGCUGACCUGGAGGAGACUGGCCGCGUGCUGUCCAUCGGUGACGGUAUCGCCAGAGUGUACGGGCUCAGGAAUGUGCAGGCUGAGGAGAUGGUGGAGUUCUCGUCUGGCCUGAAGGGCAUGUCUUUGAACUUGGAGCCUGACAACGUUGGUGUUGUGGUGUUCGGUAACGACAAGCUGAUCAAAGAGGGGGACAUCGUGAAGAGAACGGGCGCCAUUGUGGAUGUCCCUGUCGGGGACGAGCUGCUGGGCCGUGUCGUGGACGCUCUGGGCAACGCCAUCGAUGGAAAGGGGCCCUUGGGGUCAAAUACCCGCAGGAGAGUGGGCCUGAAGGCCCCUGGGAUCAUUCCCAGGAUCUCUGUGCGAGAGCCCAUGCAGACCGGCAUCAAGGCCGUCGACAGUCUGGUGCCCAUUGGGCGUGGCCAGCGAGAGCUGAUCAUCGGUGAUAGGCAGACUGGCAAAACCGCCAUCGCCAUCGACACCAUCAUCAACCAGAAGCGCUUCAACGAAGGCACGGAAGAGAAGAAGAAGCUGUACUGCAUCUACGUGGCCAUCGGGCAGAAGAGGUCCACCGUGGCCCAGCUGGUGAAGAGGCUCACCGACGCGGACGCCAUGAAGUACACCAUCGUGGUGUCCGCCACGGCCUCCGACGCCGCUCCCCUGCAGUACCUGGCGCCCUACUCUGGCUGCUCCAUGGGAGAGUACUUCAGGGACAACGGCAAGCACGCCCUCAUCAUCUACGACGACUUGUCCAAGCAGGCUGUGGCCUACCGCCAGAUGUCCCUGCUGCUUCGCCGCCCCCCUGGCCGCGAGGCAUACCCUGGUGACGUGUUCUACCUGCACUCCCGUCUGCUGGAGAGGGCGGCCAAGAUGAACGACAACUUCGGCGGGGGCUCCCUGACCGCCCUGCCCGUCAUCGAGACCCAGGCCGGCGACGUGUCCGCCUACAUUCCCACCAACGUCAUCUCCAUCACUGACGGACAGAUCUUCUUGGAGACCGAGUUGUUCUACAAGGGUAUCCGUCCGGCCAUCAACGUGGGUUUGUCUGUGUCCCGUGUAGGAUCUGCUGCCCAGACAAGAGCCAUGAAGCAGGUGGCCGGUACCAUGAAGCUGGAGCUGGCCCAAUACCGUGAGGUGGCCGCCUUCGCCCAGUUCGGCUCGGACCUGGACGCCGCGACCCAGCAGCUGCUGAACCGUGGCGUGCGUCUGACUGAGCUGCUGAAACAGGGCCAGUACUGUCCCAUGGCCAUCGAAGAGCAGGUGACGGUUAUCUACGCCGGCGUCAGAGGCCAUCUGGACAAGCUGGAGCCCAGCAAGAUCACCAAGUUUGAGAAGGCUUUCUUGCAGCACGUCCUCAGCCAGCAACAGGACCUGCUGGCCACAAUCCGGGCCGAUGGCAAAAUCUCAGAAGCAGCGGACGCUAAACUCAAGGAGAUCGUCUUGAACUUCCUAUCCAGCUUUGAGGCAUAAAGUGUCCAGUUCUCGAGAUUGACAUUGUGUUCAACAAAUAUAACAGUUUUAACUUAAAUUGGAAGUCGCCCUCCUCAUGUUCUUGUCAGACAUUUCUCCAAGUAAAAUAAACGGGUUCAAACUUUA